GCGCACAGCCCAGCGCUUGAGUGGCAAAGCGCCGGGACCGGGACUCGAUGGAUGGCAAGCAGCUGAGAUCGCGCAUUGCCUUGAAGCAGCCCUUCAGCACAUAGUUACGAUCUACGGCCAUAUCAAGCACGGCCACAACUGGCCCAGCAGCACCACUCACUGGCGGCAGCUGCGCAUCAACAAGCCAGGUAAGCGGAUUCAGGACGCCUUCCCUGUCGCCGUCUAUGGCCCGCAAAAGAACUCUAUUUUUGUUGAUGACCGCUUUAGCACGUGCACGGCCAUUGCUAGAGCGUGGCAAGUUGAGACGUCGCGAUUGAAGCUCGGUGAAAACGUCAGCAAGGCUGACUACAAUGCCUUUGGUCCCAAACAAUUUGCUGAACAACUGCAGGUUGCUAUCAAUGAGGCCCAAGUUCCGGGCUCCAUUAACCCCAGGAUGCGUAUCUUGGGAACAUACACUCAACCCAACCGCCGCGCAAGCGGCCCCACACCUGAAGAGACCAAGCACCUUCAGCGUGCCGCGCAAACUUUGAAGUGGAGCCUCACGCUCCCACACAGCAGCGCAGCCAAAGCACACUUUGCUAGGGCUACGGGCCUUGCUAUUGCAGCAGCACCUUCCUACUCCAGACUGGAGGCCACAAAAGCCCUCAAUCCUUUGCGGCUCUUGAUGACCAAGGCCUAUGGCUCCACCAAAGUCAACAGCGGA